AGGACAUUCCAUGUCUCUCUGAGAUACCACAAAGCUUCUCACACAUGACAAAUGGCAGGCCUCAUUCAUUUGGUUUGCCAAUGCCUCCUCUCUUCCACACUAGUAUCCCAGGCAAAAGUGAUACCGAGCUUCCUGCACACAUGAUGUUCAGUGAUUCAUCAUCAGUGCCUCUAAUAGAUGUCCAGACUGACACAUCAGAAAAGGAAGUCAGUAACAUGCAGUUUAUUGAACAGAGAAGCAAACCAAACCAGAAUCCUAUUGGUAUUACUGGAUUCCUCAGUCAUCCUAUUGCUGAGAAGAGCCAUGUUCGAGAAAAACCUAAUCACAACACAACAUUUAACGGCCCCUCAUCUUCCAGUAUCCCAACAUUUGUUGCACCUUCUGCAGUGGCCGCCUCAUCAUCACGUUCCGCUCCUGCUCGGCUCCCUCCCCAACCUGCUCCUGUGGAGCCUCGCAGUCUGCAGGAACAUUUAUCCCAGAGUGCCUCGCUCAGCCUGCAGGAACAGCAGGCCACCACACUGCUGAUAGGGUCGCUGUCUCGCUCACUGGAGUCACUUGCAGAGUCGGUGCAGAGAUUGGUUCACACCCAGCAGCAGUUUUCACGUGACACCUUACAGCUGCAGCGUGAAACACUCCACGUCCUGCGUGAUUUCUCCUCCAACGCCUUGACUCUCCUGCAGGACAAGGUCAACGGACAUCCAUAGCUUUAUCAGCAGCUACAUUUGGAAGCAAGUUACAGAAACGGUGAAUACGGAUAGCAAAGAAAAUACAAUAAGCUUGAGGAUAUAGUGACACUAGAGUUUAUGGCAAUCUCUGAAAAUGUUUUAAGAUUUAUAGAGCUGACAGGACUAAACGUUUUCCAUAUUUAUAACAUAAUAACCAAAAUAAGAAGCAUUAGAAUCUAAAAUGGGUUCCUUGUAGAGUUCCUUGUAUGUACCGAUGACUGGGUCUUAUAAACUGUUGGACCAAUUAUGUGCUGUUUUACAGGUAAUUUAAACGAGCAAAAUAAUUGACUGGUAAUUUAAUAUAAUUAAUUAUAUUUGUGGUGCUUUUUAAUAUAUUGCAAAGUGACCAUUAAAUUGGCUGCUUUUAAUUUAUGUUAUAUUAUUAGAUUUUUCUUUAUUUAGCUGUGUUAUUCUGAUGGUUCUCUAUGUUUUACUUUUAAAUCGGUUUCUGGCCUGCUGUAUAUGUUUAUGUUCUUUUAGCCAGGUGCAUUAUCUGUUUUAAGUUGUUUCUCUUAACUUGAAUUUCCAAAGACUUUUUUUCUCCAGAUGUGAUUUUAAAUUCUGAUUGAAGGCACAUUAUCUUAGCUGUAGCUCCUAUGGACCUGUGAAAAAAAGUCUCCUGCUUUAAACCCCAAUGUAAAGGAAGGAAAUAAAAAAUAUACAUUUAAGUAUUAACUAAAAUGAUACAAAUUUUUACUUGCUGCUUUUCUUCGUUCAGAUUAAAGGAAUAAUUUACCCGGAAA